CUUUGAUUUUGCCGUCAGUUGUCGUCUUUCUUCACCAAAAAUGAAUCAAGUUUGGCUGCUCUUCAGGGUGCUGGAGCUGAUAUUCGGAUCGAUCUGCAUGGCUAUUCACAUCGCGGGCUCGUUGCACACUGCGGAGCCGGUGCCGCACUGUCUGCUCUUUUGUGGCACCUUUUUCGGCUUUAUGCUCCUUGCGUUCAUCCGUUGGGUACGGCUCAUGAGCGGGCAGCGCACUCUGCUGCAUCCGGCCAUGUUUAUAAGCCUUUCCGGCAUGCUCUUGCAUUUCAUUUGUGCCUUGCAGUCCAUGAGCUAUGCAGAACACGAUUUUCAUUUGAAAUAUAUGGGACCGACACAGGAGCUGGAUCAUAUUUUCUUCGGCUUCUGCAAGCGGCAGAGUGUGGCAUGCAUUGUAACUGGAGCCACAUAUCUGAUGCAAUGCAUAUUGUUGCUCGAUCUGAUUGUCAAGUUGACGCCCAACGCGGACUUGUAUCCCAUGCAAAUUGUCACAGAGCCACCCGUUUGGGAUGAUUCGUUUCAGAAAAUGACCAACGAAGAGCUUGAUAGGCUGGCCAGGACAACGGCAGAUAUAUACCUUCUGGGCAAAAAAGUGGACUUUUGGCUCCGCGUCAAGUCCAAAUGGUUUCGCCAAUUAGCUGGUGGCCAGGAGAUGUUGGCCUUCAACAGGGCGAACGCUGAACGCCAUGAUGUAUCACAAGCUCUGUCAAUUGAUGUCACCAUACGUGAAUUCAAUGAUGAUCUACCACUCCGAUUGCCUAAUCAUUUAAAUGAAGAACCAAAUCCGGAUUUAGCCCAAACUAAGUCGAUAGGUGAUCAGCAGGAAGAGGUCGACGAUGAAGAUGAGGUUGAAGACGUUGCUGCAGACGACGAAAAGAAUAUUAGACGCUGAGCUUGCUAGAUGCAAGCUCCAACACGACUCAAUACGACUUAGCACGAAUAAACACGACUGCACACGAAACACACGGCUUUAUUGCGUGUAUAAACAUGUACUUUUCAGAAAUAAAUACAACACAGCACGACUUAGUACGACUGAACACGGGCCAUGUAAUCCACACGAACUAACAUGAUAUAGAAAUAAUUAGCCAAGAUAGUCAGAGAAGACAAUUAGUAUAUUUUUUUUAAUAACAAACAGUUUUGUAUACUGCAAGAUGCAUGUCUUUGCAGCAUGCGUAAAUUUGUAGGUCGUGUCUUUUUGAGAAAUAAACACGACUUAACACGACUUGGCUCGACUCAAUGUAGUAGGUCUUAACCAGGGCAGCUGCAAAGGAGAAACAAAUAUUAAAAACAAAAGGAAAGGUUUGUGUCUUUCUGUGAAAUAAACCAGCAAGCGCUCAUCGCUAGCCCAUAAAUACAAA